CUCUGGAGCUGACCCUGGCAAAACCGAGCACCUGGCCUCCUCCCUUCCACCCAAGAGAGGAGAGGGGUUCCUGGGUCUCUCUCUGGGAAGAAGGCCCAGCAAGGGGUGAGGGGGAGGUGAGCCCCGACUGGCCUUCUGGGCACAGAGCCAAGCAGGAGGGGGAAGCCGCAGGCCCCUCCCUGCCCUGACUCAACGCCCUCCAACAAAAAAAAUCGGCUCCAUCUCCGGUGCUGGGAGACCGAUAGAUUUGGAAGUAGAACGGGUACUCAGAGCAAGUAGAAUCCAGCACGAUGAAUCCUCACGGCCAGGGCGAGGGCAGGGGGCCCGGGCCCACGGUGGGGAGUCAAGAGUUCCCAAACCUUCCCGGAAGGCGGCGGUGGUGCUGUCGGCAAGGGACCCAGAUGGCACUGUUGGGGCUGGUGACCGUCAUGCUGUGGGCCGGGCUGCUGACCCUGCUCCUCUUCUGGCACUGGGACGCUGUACAGAACCUGAAACAGCUGGAAGAAACCGCCGCCCAGAACGUCUCUCAGGUUGCCAAGGACUUGGAAAGACACAGAGGGGACGAGAUGGCCCAGAAAUCCCGGGCUGCCCAGGUGUCACAGAACAUGGAGGAAAUCCAAGCUGAACAGAAAAGGAUGAAAGCUCAGGACUCUGAGCUCUCCCGGAACCUGGAUGGACUUCGUUCGGACCUGAGCAACCUCAAGUCCCAGAGCUUGAACGAGAGGCGCACAGCCUUGCACUCGUUGGAAAGGCUCCAGCAGGAGGUGGUAAAGCUGUGGGUUGAGCUCCACGUGUCCAACGCCCGGACCCCAAGAGUGACCCCAGGAGAGACGCUGCCACCCACCCUGCCUAUUGUCCCCACGGUGCCAGCCACGGCGCCGGCCACAACGUCCGCCACCGUGCUGGCCACAGCGCCCGCCACGGCGCCGGCCACAGAGCCCGCCACGGCGCCGGCCACAACGUCCGCCACCGUGCUGGCCACGGCGCCGGCCACAGAGCCCGCCACGGCGCCGGCCACAACGUCCGCCACCGCACUGGCCACAGCGCCAGCCACGGCGCCGGCCACAGAGCCCGCCACGGCGCCUACCACGGCGCCCACCACGGCCGCACCCCUGAGCCUCUCCUCCGCCCCAGGCUCCACGUGUAACACGUGCCCCGAGAACUGGGUCAACUUCCAGAGGAAAUGCUACUACUUCGGCGAGGGCGCCAAGAAGUGGAUCCAGGCCCGGUUUGCCUGCAGCAAACUGCAAGGGCGGCUGGUCAGCAUCCACAGCCAAGAGGAGCAGGACUUCCUGGCCAAACGCGCCAACAGGAAGGGCACCUGGAUUGGCCUUCGGGACCUGGACAUAGAGGGGGAGUUUAUCUGGAUGGAUGAGAACCCCCUGAACUACAGCAACUGGCGGCCGGGGGAACCCAACAACCAGGGCCAGGGCGAGGACUGUGUGAUGAUGCAGGGCUCCGGGCAGUGGAACGAUGCCUUCUGUGGCAGCCGGCUGGACGGCUGGGUGUGUGACCGGCUGGCCACAUGCUGACCGCCCCUCCCCCGCCACCUCGGCCCCCUCCCUGGGGUUCCCCGGGAGGUCCUUGGAGACGCAGACCCUGAUGGCCCCCUGCCCACCUGCCAGGUGCACCCCUGCGUUGCUCCCCCAGCUCUGACACAGGAGCAGCCGGGCCCACGGCGGGGCCCGCAGCCGCGGCCUGGAUGCCUGUUUUGUGGCUAAGGCCCCAGCAUCCCUUUCUCCUGCCCAAGAGGAAGAAGGGCUGUUGACCCCUCCCCGGCUCCUGCCAAUGCCCCUGAGGGCCUGUCCCUUACUCCUCAGCCCAGCAGGCUGUCACCAUGUCCCUGCCUUCAAGGGCUCAGAGUACCCACCUCGAGAACUUUCCAGAGAGCCUCAGACCCCUAUGAGCUUCCUCUGUCGGGCCGCCCCGCAGUCUGCUGGAGUCAGGACCACACCCCCGCCCCACCCCUGGCCUCCCCAGAAGCAGCCCCCGUGUCUUAGCACCCCAGGGAGAAGUCCCCGGCUCAGGCAGCCAGCCCCCUUGCCCCCAGCCCAUGUCAAUAAAAUGGGGGCGAAGAUGGCCCCAUCUCAGAAGCCUCCAGGCGUGGGAGCCGGGAGUUCCAGAACCUGGUGCCUGAGUCCGUCUGAGUAUCCAGAGCAGCUGAAGCAGCAAUUGUAUCUCUCCACCGUUUCCCCUCUACUUUAUUACAAGAAGCAUGUACUAGACAGGGCUGGAGACAAAGACUCUGGGAUCUAAUGGAGCAGAGAACACCCUAGAGGCCUAAAAGUACCGCAGGGCAGGGCAGUGGGCUGGUCCCCCCGCCUAGGCUGCUGGCAGGAGGGCACAAGCUGACGCAUGGGAAGUGCUGAAUGGACCUGGUAUACAGAAGGCACUCAGUAAAUGCUAGCAGGCCCAGGGUGGCCUGGCCACCCAGGUCCAAAGGUGCUGGUGUGACUCUGACACAGGUUUUGAAAGAAACAGGUGGCACCAGCCCUGCACCAGAGGCUGAGGAGGGAGGCGGGCCAGGAUCUCACGCAGGACACCCCUCCUUAAACUCCUCGCCUACCCACCCCACCCCCAGCUCCCGGCCUAGGAAGAAAGAACCAGGGGCGCCUGGGUGGCUCACUUGGUGAAGGGUCUGGCUUCAGCUCAGGUCAUGACCUCACAGUUCGCAGGUUCAAGCCCCGC